AGAGGGGCGCGCCGCGAGCCGCGGCUCCGCGGGAGGCUGGCAGCCGGGACCAUGUGCGCGCAGCCGCUGGGCGCACUGGUCACCCUGGCGCUGGUGUUGGCCGGCUUUGAUGCGGCUUGGGGCACCGAGGCCACCAACCCACCGGAGGGGCCCCAGGACAGGACCCCCCAGCAGAAGGGGCGCCUGUCCUUGCAGAACACAGCUGAAAUCCAGCACUGCCUGGUUAAUGCUGGCGAUGUGGGAUGUGGAGUGUUUGAAUGCUUUGAAAACAAUUCUUGUGAGAUCCGAGGCUUACAUGAGAUCUGCAUGACAUUCCUGCACAACGCUGGAAAAUUUGAUGCGCAGGGAAAAUCCUUCAUUAAAGAUGCUCUGAAGUGUAAGGCUCAUGCCUUGAGGCAUAAAUUCAGCUGCAUCAGCCGUAAGUGCCCUGCCAUUAAAGAGAUGGUGUUCCAGUUACAGCGGGAAUGCUACCUGAAGCAUGACCUCUGCUCUGCUGCCAAGGAGAACGUCCAGGUCAUUGUGGAGAUGAUUCACUUCAAAGACCUGCUGCAGCACGAGCCCUAUGUUGACCUAGUGAAUAUCCUGCUCACCUGUGGUGAGGAGGUGAAAAAGGCAAUAACAAGAAGCGUCCAGGCCCAGUGUGAGCAGAACUGGGGAAGUCUCUGCUCGAUCCUGAGCUUCUGCACCUCAGCUGUGCAUGCUGACUCCAUCUUGAGUCCAGAGAAGAAGGCGGGCGAAGCCAGCAAAGCCGCUGCUGGCCGUGGGGACAUACUGGCCCACUCCGAACCUGACCACAGGGAGAGCUCACGAGCAUCCAAGGGAGAGAGAGGUACUAAGGGCCACUUGAACACCCAUGCCCGGGUAAAAGCUGGGGCCCAUAGUCCCAAAGGGGCACAUGGGAUCAUGGACCGGGCAGACGAACUGUCCGACUUCUCUGACAUCCGGAGGUGAAAGAAGGCACCAAGCUCCCCUUUACCCCCUUCCUCCCCCUCCACUGGAAACGUCCUCCGUUGAGUCCAUCUCCCUAUCUGUGGACAUUCCAAAGCAUUUCUCAUUCAGAGGUCAAGCACAGGGCAUUGCAAGAUAUUUGGACCUCAGCAACAGUGUAUAUAGUAGCAAAGGGAGAGCAGUGGCAAUGGGUUAUCAAUCCAGCAAACUCCACGCUUGAGUAGCCACUGAACUUGGCAAAAUGUCCCCAACUAAAUUCUUUUCCCCUUUUUUACAAAAUGAAUGUUGGUUGAAAUUUAGGAUCUUGUUUUGAGGUUGUUGGGUUGCUUGGGGGAGAUUGUUUUCUAUUGGUCCCCUUGGCUGGGGAGAAGGUUACAAGAGGGCUCUGCCAGACUGUAUUUGGCCACAUGUGGCUUCACACCCUGAAGGUUUAGGGCACAGUCUUAAAGCAGAUGGCCAAAUCUCAAAGGGAUUUGGGUUCGGCCUGUGGCUGAGAACAUAAAAGCUCGAGGCUGUCCAUAUGAUACUCUGUAGUGAACCAACUAUCUCAUUUCUUGCACAGGAACCUUGCAGUCUUGAGCUCUGUCAUUUUCUCUUAAGUAACUUCUGAGCCAUUGUUCCCAUCUGGGUGAUGCUGCCUCAUUUAAGUGCCCCCUGUUUUUUUUUCUUAACCACUGCAUAACUUGACACUUGCUUAUCCAGUUACUUCAGGAUGCCAAAUGCCUAAGUGGUCACCUUCCAGAAAGAUACCUGGACGGUUACAACUUGCUUAGCUGCAGAACACAUUGUGGAGGACCCCUAAGCAUAAGUUCUUAGACCUCUAAACUCCAUGGGGAUAUUCUCUUCUAGAAAUUAUACCUGCCCACACAGGGACACAGCUGCAACGGCAGCCCACCUCCACCCUUAUGGACAGCCCAAGCUUACAAGGAUGGGUGUAGGCUCAGGCAGUUAAGGAGCCCACGUUGUUUCAUUAGAAAUGUCUCUCUGUGGAAGCAGCUUGGUGCAGGUGCCUGUCAGCUGUGGUUUAUCAAAAUGCCAAAGACAUUAAGAGGGGGUUGACUUUUUGUUAAUUGUCAUGCAGAUAAUGACCACCAGGGUCUGCAGAAUUGGUUACUGGAGAGGGAAGUAUGUCAAGAGCUCAUUCUUUCUGGGUAGUCUUUAGUGUAAAUGAGGUGUUAUCUCUCUUACCCUUAUUUCCUAUGCAAUUAUAACUCUCAGGUUGCAGAUCUGCAAUCAUUUAUCCCCAGAUGCUGUACUGGAAAUGUAGGUUACAGCACCCGUGGGGACAGGAGGGUGAGCUCCUCAGCCUCCUCUGGAGAAAAAGUGAGUUUUCUUAGCGAGUGGGAAUCACACCAAGCAUUUGAGCCUUCUCAUUUAGGAAGCAUGGGAGGAAAGCUGUGGGGGCAGAAAGGCAGUUCAGUGGAGACAGAACGUACCCAGUGAACUAACGUACGUCUUGUCGCAUGGUGGGUAGAAGCUGUAUAAACGGUAGAGCAUGUUGGAAUUUGGCUACAACUUCCAGCUUAGAUUUUAGUUACUGUUAAGUGAACACAGCUCCUAAUAACUUUAUUCAGAGUUCAAUGCACGUAUCCACCAGCAGAAUUUAUAGGCACUACUUUUAAUAGAAGUCACGUAGGAAGCAAGAGAGGAUUGUUAAGUUGAAAAGAUGUGUCCUUAUGUGAUCACCAGGUCUUUAUUUAAAGAAAGGACCUUGAUCUAGUUUGAUUUUACUCCCAGUUAAGUUCUGUGACAAAAUUCUUACUCAACUUCAUUGGGAAGAUGUAGGAUCAGGCCAACUAUUGUAGCUGCGAAGACUGUCCUGACCUGAGGAGCAGAGCUCCUUCCAGUGGGAGUGCAAGUUGGUCCAUUCAGCUGUAGAACUGUCCUGUGGAUGUGGCCUCCAGGAUUUCACAAGGAGGAGCUUGCCAAUGUUAAUCCCUGCCUAGCUCUCUGAUGACCAACACCUCUGCUCCGCAAACCAAGUCUGACUGCUAGUGGUACCAUAAGAAAGUCUCUGGUCUCCCUUCUCCCGAGUUUCCUGUGAGCAUCCUCUUUUCCCCUUCGUGGUCCAUAGCCACAGUAGGGAACAAGCUCAAACCAAAAAGAGAAUCAAAGCUUAUUAGCAAAAAACAAACACAGAACAGAAGCAACUUACUACCAACACAAUGUUCUUGCAUCGAACUAAAAUAAGAUCCCUCUCUCGUUAGAUGUCUGAUCCAUCUAUGGCAACCAAACAUAUAGAUAUACAUCCUUGAAUGUCUCAGUCAACAUAUCACCUCAGCAUGCAUACAGUUUUAUUUGUAUUCAUUCAUUCUGAGUGGGGAAAAUUGUAUAUUCCCCUUGUUUAGUCAAUGAAAAUUUCUUUUUUUUUGUUUUGUUGGGAGCUGUGGGUGGGGGGGUUUUGUAUAAGGCAUAACAUUUUUUUUCCUCUGUGUGUGAAGAUUUUAUGUGUUCAUCUACUGAUUCCACAUAUGCUAUUAUUGUAAAUAUUUAACAUUUCUAUUUAUUAUAGUGUCUCCAUUAAAAAAAAGAACACUGCUGGCUAUGAUAAUUUAAACGUAUGUCAUGACCUGUGUUGUAUAUAUUCAUGCCACUAGUAUGUUUUUUAUGUUUAAAGCAGCGUAAAUAUAGUUUUAUACAGUUCCAUAAUGUUAUUGACAGCAUAAAUCAUUUAUUUAUUGUUAAACCUUCUUUCAUAUCUAACAAAUGGGGGGUGUUUUACCUGAGAGUAUUUUAUUGUGACAUCUGCAUAGCCUUAAUUCUUUAUAAACUUUUAAAAAGGAAAGAACUGUCCAUUUAGAUCCUGUAUGAUGCUUUAAUUAACACUCCUUAUGAACUUACUGUUCAGGAAGGAGAUUUAGCUUAAAAGCCAAGGUAUGAUGUUUCCUUUACACUUCGCAUCUGGAAUGAGCCUUGUUCGGGAAUGGAAAUACUGGGAGAAGCAAAAUGCCUACUGGAAAAAGAUAUCAAUAAACCAUAGAAAAUGCUGUCCUAACUUAAAGUGCUGAAAUAAAAGGAGAAAAAAUAACCUUCCUUCAAUUCCAAAUCUCUGGGAGAAAAACAUACUAGUUUUAUCUCAUGUAGAAUUUGCAGCCAAAUAAGCUUGUUAAAAAAACAGAAAUGCAUAUGGCUUUAGACAAAGCUCUGUACCUUUCACACUAUUAUUUUCCUUAAACACUAAUAAAUGUUUUGAAUAA